CGAGAUCCGUCGCGCGAAACCCGGUUAGUCGGUCUCGAUCCUCUCCGCGUUUCAGACCGUUUCACUCCGCUUCAAGAAGCGUUCGCCGGAUUUUCAAAGUUUUCAAACGUUCCUCAGUUAUUUUUCUUCUCGAGAAAAAAACAUUCAAAACGUUCGUCAAUCUCUACUUGUGAUCUUCGUUCCCGUGAAUUUUUCAAGUUCAAUAUUCGAGUGGAUUGGAUUCAUAACGAUCGCUUUCAAAUCGUAGGUUGUCGACACGGCUGCCGUUAAAGUGAGAUUAACGCGGUUUGAAAUGUCGGUGUCGUCGUCGCGAUCAUGAAUGAGGGCCGGUGCCACACCGAAUCGCCGGUGCUCGCUGAACAUCAACCGUUCAACCGGAAUGGGAAGCCACUCAGGGCAUCGAAGAAGAGCGCCCUAUUCUAUACGACUGACUGCGGCGACGUUAAGGAGGAUCUAGGAUUGAAACUACAACAGCGAUCGGUCUCUCUGACCGCCUUGCACACGGGCACGGGCACCCAACAGCAGUUUCUGGAACCCAGAAUGGCGCAGCUAGAAACCUUGGAAGCCAAGAUGGCCAGUAUAGAAGUGUCCCUGUCGACGACACCGCGGAGAAAAAAGGGUGGAAGUAUUUCCGGCGGAGUCACGUCCGCCGGUCACCGAAAUCGAGAUCAUUACAAGGAGUUAGACGCCCUUCGAAUCGCCCUACGCGACAAGGAGAAUAUCAUUCAAACGUUGAAGGGACAGCUAUGUAACACUUUGAGCAAUAGACUAGCGUUGCUCAACGGUGCCCCGCCUCUGUCCGAGGCGGAUAGAAAAGCGACCGAAGAGAGGCUGCAGAGAUUACGCCGGGACGCUGAUAAUAAGCGUUUAGCGAUUAAAAACUUAAAACUAGCGCUGGAGCGAUUGGACAUCACAGACAAUAUCGACGUCCGUAUUCAACAAGCUGAGCUGGAAUACAGACUAGGCCGCGAGGAACUUGAACUUCUGACCCUCCGUGAGGAGAGCAGAGCCCUACAAGCUGCCAUAGAACUGGCCGAGAACCAAGAGAAACAAAAACAUGAUACUAUAUACAGUUGUAUUUCUGGUUCUACCCAAUUCACAAUCCACGCGGUGGAAGUCAGCGCGGAUCCGAAGAGUCCACGUUUCGGUGCCGGGCCAAGGGAAGACGCGCCGGGACUCUACGUCGAUUGGGCGGUCGAGGAUUCGGGAUUAUGCAGAGGAGACAGGAUCUUGGAAGUGAACGGGAAACUGGUGGUGGGAGCGGGUAGAAGCGACCUGGCCAGGUUACUGGCCGUUGCACCUGAUGCUGCACAAAUAGUGGUACUACGCAAGGGAGACUCACUCGCCACUGUACGCACCCUUCGAUCGGACAAUCUCCGAUUAACCCAUAGGAUCGGGUAUCUCGAGGAGCAGGUCAGGGACCUCCUAGCACCGAGCAGGGCUGAGGUACCCGUAGAACCCUCGCCCACUCGCCAAGAACAAGUUCAGGUUUUUCAAAAGGGACCGCAGGUGACCGCUCUCGUCGCGAAUCUCCCCGGUUUGAAUAUGAGAAACUCGAAAGAACUUCGUCAGAGUCUUCCGACAGUGAGGAACAGGCACAGUGACCACUCGAAACAAUCAAACGAACUCGAUUUUUCAUCGGACACUGUCACUAAUGGUCAAAGGUCGCGAAAUAAGCCGAAACAUCAAGGGUAUCAAUUAACUAGGUCUACUGCGAGCUUGGAUUGCAAGCAAGUGGCAAUGCAAUCGCAACUGCCGCGCAGAAGACCGCCUAGAGUAGAGUCCGCUAUGGAACACUUGUCCAAGAGUCGGAGAAACUCUUCUCAACCGUUGGACUUCGAUUCCGAGCCCAGUUAUUAUCGGUUACAGGACCAUGCGUCGGAGAAUUCCGACGUGUCGAUGGUUUACAGCUCUCAGGAGUCGAAGUAUCGCCCGGCACCGCCCAAGAAACCUCUUCGAUUGUCCCUGCAUCGCGCUGCUAGUCUUCAAUCGGUGGAAAGUGCACCAUCAGUCACGUUGCACGAGGUAGCGGCCAAGAAGCCGACCAAAAGGAACUACAAGGGCGAUCCACCGGUGAGGAAGCAAGCGGAUCCAAGCGAGGAAACUCAGGAAUCACACCUCCAGCCACCGCAGCCUCCCCCUAGGACGCCUUCUAGGGCGGAAUCUUGUCAGAGCGCUCUGAGAUGGCCCUCGGCGAAAGCUAGACCGCAUUUGACUUCCGUUUCGAUGGAGAAAUGGUGCUAAUCAUAAGCCUGAUAAGGAGUCCGGAAAUGAUCGCAUUUUUAACUUCUUGUUUUUGAAAUUCAUGAUCACAAACUGAGUUUUGUACAAAAUACGAGUAUACACGCGCGUUCAUAAGUCUUAAUUGUAAGUUUUUACUUCUAGGUAUUUUAAUCUCCUUUUACUAGUCGAAAUAGACUUUUUUAACGUUAUACAUUCGUCCACUCACACACGAUCAUAUCUUUCCUGAGAAAAAUACAAAUUUUUAAUAAAAGAAUAAUUCAUUUGUAAAAUGUA